AUGACAAAUAAGAAGAAAAACACAGAAACGCAUAAACACGCGCUCACCGUACUGAGGCAAGUGCUUUUUAUCAUAGGUGCGGCUUCCUCGGUGAUUUCAAGUGCUACCACGGUUGCUGCGUCAACCGCUACCAAAAGCAGUAUUAAUCAAUAUUGGACCGUUAUCGUCGUGUUCGGUACUUUUGGCUUUAUGCUGUUUGCUGGUAUCUUAAUUUGGCUAGUUGGAAAGAUCUACGCUACCUUUUAUGGUUAUCCACGACCGGAACCAGUCAUUAUAGCCACGCGCACUGAACCGGCGGAGCAUGAAAGUAGCUGUGACUGUCGAAAGUGCACCGAACAAAGAGAAAGGGAAGAAGACAGGAGGCUGAUACGAAGUUAUGAAGCCCGAUGUGAAGAGUUGUGCCGUUUAUACAGGGAAAUCGGAGAUGAAGAGGGGUACAGGAGAACGCGGCAGAGUUUUUUGCAGCAUAGGGUGUCUUUUAACUUGCCCGAAAUUCCAACCAACCGUCCAUCAUGUGCACACGCUUUUGACGAUGUCCGCAUUGAUGUGACUGAAGCCGAGUCAAACAUUCAGCAAUCCAAGUUUGGUUUCCGUCGCUCAUUCUGCUCUUGGCUCCCUUCCCGAGAAGAGCGGAUGGGAAGAGACGAGCAACUUUUCCGGAAAGCCGGGAAAAAAGGAGCUUGUGAACCACUUUACGAAGACCAAACCGAUUCGCAGAACAUUUCUUUGCCAAGAAAGGAAUCACCACCUGUUAGCACGAAAAUGAUUUCAUCGUCGUUUUGGAUGAAUAUAUAUUACCUCAUACAGUUGCCCUUUUUUGGUGUUACUAACCUGGUAAACGAGCUUUGGAGUGAGCCAGACGUGGUACGAAGGUAUUACAUGAACCUGCUGCCCUUCAGCGGAGACAUUGGCUGGCAGGAAACGCAAAUGGCAUCAUGGGAGAUUUCGCUUCAAUUAUUCUCAGCGUUGCCUUUCUGUGACGUCAGCGAUGAGGUGCUACGAGAGUGCGCAGGCUCUUCAGCGCCAAAGAUGAGUAGUGAAGAGAGACGUCGUCGCAGAAAUGCGGCUAGGUCAGUGGAUGAUGUCGAGGCGAAUGCUUCGUCUCCCGAGGAACAGUUUUCGGCCUUAGAACAAGCAACAGAUUUCGUUCAGUAUGCGGAUGAAACUGAAAAUAGAAUUACGGCACCCGACGAGAUAACCCGCCUAGACUAA